GAACUACUACAUUUGUAGUGAUAACCACUACUAAGAUAUUAUAGAAUUUAUAAACCCGUAACGUUUUCUUCUGGUAAUAGUGAGCCACUGGUACCGAGUUGAGAGAUUGUAACACUUACCGUCUAAUUAAUAUACCGCUCAAAAUGUUGAAGGGAGUUGUAGCUUUAGUAACUGGAGGAGCAUCUGGUCUUGGUCGUGGAACUGUUGAGAGAUUUAUAAAACAAGGAGCUAAAGUGGUCAUUGCGGAUCUUCCAGCAUCCAAGGGAAAUAGCAUAGCACAAGAAUUAGGAGAAUCUGCUAUCUUUUCUCCCACUGAUGUAACAUCUGAGACUGAUGUUGAACAAACUUUGGCAGUGACAAAGGAGAAGUUUGGUAAAUUGGAUGUUGCUGUUAAUGCAGCUGGCAUUGGUAUUGCACACAAAACAUAUAAUAGCAAUAAAAAACAAGCUCACAGUUUAGCAGAUUUUGAAAGGGUCAUCAAGAUUAAUACCAUUGGAACCUUCAAUGUCAUCCGAUUAUCUGUUGGCCUAAUGAUUGAAAAUACACCAAAUGAAGAUGGACAACGGGGUGUUAUCAUAAAUACUGCCAGUGUGGCAGCCUUUGAGGGACAAAUGGGCCAAGCUGCUUAUUCAGCUAGCAAAGGCGCAAUUGUUGGAAUGACCUUGCCUAUUGCUCGUGAUUUGUCCAGGGAUGGUAUCCGUGUUGUUACUAUUGCACCAGGUCUAUUUGAUACUCCACUUUUACAGUCACUGCCAGACAAGGUUCGCACGUUCCUGGCAAAAUCUAUUCCGUUCCCCCAACGAUUGGGCAAGCCCGAUGAGUACGCACAUCUAGUGCAAGCAAUCGUGGAGAAUCCUUUGCUUAAUGGAGAAACUAUAAGAAUUGACGGUGCUCUUCGAAUGCAAGCUUAGAAUAUAUCAGUCUACAAGAUUGUUAUACAUUUUUUUAGUACUGUAAAAUAUGUAUGCAUGAUCUGCACGGAUGAACAAAAUAAGGUGGUCAUGAGGAUAAAAAAAAUGAAGACUAUUAAUACUUCAAUAGAACGAUUCAUCUUAGGCUGUACAUCCUACAGAAUACAUGAAGAUUUUUGAAUAAAAGUAUUUCGUUUUACAUGCAACAUCAA